ACCUGACACUGCAGAUUGAGAACAGACAGUGUUUGUCUUUCAAGUUAAACCAACAAAUCGAUAGAAAAAUGUAGUUAUCAGGAGAUUUUUAAAACUUCAAUUCUUUUUCUCUUAUAGUUAGUGAAGAAAGUAGAAUAUCUCCGGUUUUGGCUGACAUCUCUACAACCUGAACAACUGGCUUAAACCUCACUUGGAAUUCCUGGUUGCUCGUUUUAGCAUGGCGAAACUUGGCGUUCACAGAAUCCUUCUUGUGGCUAUUUCUCUGACAAAGUGUUUGGAAAGUACAAAACUGCUGGCAGACCUUAAAAAAUGUGGUGACUUGGAAUGCGAAACUUUAAUAAGCAGAGUCUCAGCCAUGAGAGAUUACAGAGGACCAGACUGCCGAUACCUGAACUUCACCAAGGGAGAAGAGAUAUCUGUUUAUGUUAAACUUGCAGGAGAAAGAGAAGAUUUGUGGGCAGGAAGUAAAGGAAAGGAGUUUGGAUAUUUUCCCAGAGAUGCAGUCCAGAUUGAAGAGGUGUUCAUAUCUGAGGAGAUUCAGAUAUCUACUAAAGAAUCUGACUUUCUUUGCCUUCUUGGAGUGAGCUAUACAUUUGACAAUGAAGAUAGUGAAUUAAACAGUGAUUAUGGUGAAAAUACACAUCCUUAUGAAGAAGAUAAAGAAGAAAAAUCUAGUGUACGUGAAAGUGAUGUCCAGAUAGAACCUGGAUAUUAUGCAACUUAUGCAAGUACUUUGUUUGAAGACCAAUUUCCAGCAUUAGAGGUUCCUGAAGAGAUCAGAAGUACCAGUAAAUCAAAACACUGGGAAGAAGUAGUUGCUGAAAGUGUGGAACAGGAUUAUAUUCCAGAAGCACAUGUCCCACCAUCUUCAGCUGUGUCUGGAGUCAAAGAAUGGUUUGGAUUGGUAAGAGAACAAGCUGAAGAGAAGGCUUUUGAAUCUGUUAUUGAACCUGUACAAGGAAGCCUAUUUCGAAGUAGAAAAAUAGCAGUGGAAGAUGAGAAUGACCUAGAGGAAUUAAAUAAUGGUGAGCCUCAAACAGAACAUCAGCAAGAAUCUGAAUCAGAAAUUGAUUCAGUGCCAAAGACACAGUCUGAACUAACAUCUGAGUCAGAGCACAUUCCCAAACCUCAACCCACUGGUUGGUUUGGUGGUGGAUUUACAAGUUAUUUAGGUUUUGGAAAUGAGGAUACAGGGCUUGAAUUAUUAGCAGAAGAAAGCAAUCCACCACUACAAGAUUUUCCCAAUUCUAUAUCAUCUGAUGAAGAAGCCACAGUUCCAUGUACAGAAAUAUUAACAGAAAAAGAAGACACAAUCAUUAAUGACAGCUUGAGUCUCAAGGCAAGUUGGUUUGAUUUUGGUUUUGCUAUGCUAGGUUUUGCAUAUGCCAAGGAAGAUAAAAUUAUGUUAGAUAACAGGAAAAAUGAAGAAGAUGGUGGGGCAGAUGAACACGAACAACCUCCAACAAGUGAAUUUGACCCUGAAAAAGAACAAGAAAUAGAGAUGAUAAAAAUUAUGGAAACAGAAGAUGAAAUAGACAAGAAAUCAGUCUUAGAAAAAACAGAUGAAUCUGAUACCUUACCAUAUUUGAAAAAGUUCUUGUAUAAUUUUGACAGCCCUUGGAACUUCCAGAACAUUCCAAAGGAAACAGAAUUGCCAUUUCCCAAACAGAUACUGGAUCAAAAUAAUGUAAUUGAAAAUGAAGAAACAGAAGAAUUUUCCAUUGACAAUUAUCCCACAGAUAAUACAAAAGUUAUGAUGUUUGAAAGUUCAUACAGUCAGUCAGAUAUGGUCUCUAACAUAGAGUUACCUAUGAGAAGUCAUGAAGAAGUACAUUUCAAACCCUCAUCUUCUAAAAAUAAUGAUGAAAAUUCAAAACCAUCAGUAGACACUGACGGGCCUGCUCUGGUGGAGAUAGACAGAUCUAUGGAAAAUACCCUGCUAAAUAGUCAGAUGGUUUCAACUGAAAACUCUUUGUCUUCUCAAAAAGAAGAUGCUUCUGAAUUUCAGAUUCUGAAAUACUUAUCCCAAAUUGAUGCUUAUGAUUUCAUGAAUUCUGCAUUAUCACCAGUUGUAACUCUUACAGAAAGGGUUGUGGCAGCACUGCCUGAAGGUAUGAGACCAGAUUCUAAUCCUUAUGGUUUUCCAUGGGAAUUGGUGAUAUAUGCAGCUGUUGUUGGAUUUUGUGCUGUUCUCUUUUUUUUGUGGAGAAGUUUUAGAUCGGUUAGGAGUCGGCUAUAUGUGGGAAGAGAGAAAAAGCUUGCUGUAAUGCUUUCUGGACUAAUUGAAGAAAAAUGUAAACUACUUGAAAAAUUUAGCAUUCUUCAAAAAGAGUAUGAAGGCUAUGAAGUAGAGUCAUCUUUAAAGGAUGCCAGCUUUGAGAAGGAGGCAACAGAAGCACAAAGUUUGGAGGCAACCUGUGAAAAGCUGAACAGGUCCAAUUCUGAACUUGAAGAUGAAAUUCUCUGUCUAGAAAAAGAGUUAAAAGAAGAGAAAUCUAAACAUUCUGAGCAAGAUGAAUUGAUGGCAGAUAUUUCAAAAAGGAUACAGUCUCUAGAAGAUGAGUCAAAAUCCAUCAAAUCACAAGUAGCUGAAGCCAAAAUGACCUUCAAGAUAUUUCAAAUGAAUGAAGAACGACUGAAGAUAGCAAUAAAAGAUGCUUUGAAUGAAAAUUCUCAACUUCAGGAAAGCCAGAAACAGCUUUUGCAAGAAGCUGAAGUAUGGAAAGAGCAAGUGAGUGAACUUAAUAAACAGAAAAUAACAUUUGAAGACUCCAAAGUACAUGCAGAACAAGUUCUAAAUGAUAAAGAAAAUCACAUCAAGAUUCUGACUGAACGCUUGAUAAAGAUGAAAGAUUGGGCCUCUAUACUUGGAGAAGAGAUAACGGACGAUGAUAACUUGGAAUUAGAAAUGAACAGUGAAUCGGAAAAUGGUGCUUACUUAGGUAUUAAGUCAUGACUCAUCUUCUUUUGCUAAAAUGGUGACUAGCUCUUCUAUUUCUUUUUUGUUCCUUGUGUGCACCAUGUUCUUUAUAUGCUUUUACUUUGGCAUGUUCUGUCUGUCUGCAACACACUGUCUUUUCUCACCAUCCUUUAUAGUUAACUUUAGCUGGAGUACUGCCUUUUCAGUAAGUCUUUCUCCAACUGCUCAGACACACAGCCUCCCCGCUCUGUUUCCUUUGUAUAUUAUACAUAUCUUUAUUAUAGCAAUUUUCAAAAUUACAUCAUAAUCAUUUCAAUGCCUGUUUUCCCCUGUACUGUAAGCUAAUCAAAUGGAUGAGUGACUAGUUUGAAAAAUGAAUGUUCUAUAAAUGAAUACUUCAGGAUAUUUCUUUUGCUUUUGUUAGAGGUUCAGAUGGUUACACUACUUUUAAUCUUAGGCAUCCAAAUUGUUAUUGCCAUUGCUAAAUGUGCUCUAAAGUUGGCAAAAGUGGCAAAAGUUAGUUUCACUAUAGCCACUUUGUAUUCUCACACCAGUUCCUUUGACCUAAAAAAAUCCUUUUUAUUUUGAAAUAAUGGCUUCAUAGGGAGUUCU